AUGGCCGACGCCGAAAAGAACGAGUUAUGCAUGCCAACACCUCCGGCUCAAGCAGUUUGCAAUCCGUCCAUUUCGGACAAUGUCAUUGUCACAGAUUCUGAAAAGGCUACCGACAACCACUUGACAAAAGAGAUCCUAUCAAGUGGUAACAACACGCCAGAUAUUGAUUUGGAAGCUCAGAUCAAAAAGCCUCGACGGAAGUGCUUUUCUCACUUCCGAUAUGCCAUCUUCACCACAUAUCGCCGGCUAUUCACUUUCGUGUUUUUGACGAAUCUUGCAGUCUUUCUUUACGUGAUGAUCUCUGAUCGGCAGCUACUGGCACUUGUCGAUGCGACAGCAGUGAAUCUGGUGGCGUGCGGUCUCGCUCGCCACCCGGUGGUCGUCAACGCCAUCUAUCGAGUGGUCUGCUCGCUUCCACGAUCAGCACCACUAUGUUUACGUCGUAUUGCUGCCAAAGCAGCCCACUACGGUGGUGUUCACAGUGGCUGCGGCACUGCGUCUCUAGUCUGGUACAUUGGCUUCGUUGCUGCGGUGUCAAAAAUAUAUUGGACCAAGUCUCCCAUCAGUGCAUCCACAAGCUACACUUUCUCAGCCGCGCCGAUAACUGUUGCCUACAUUAUUCUUGCCCUCCUACUGGUCAUGGUGGUAGUGGCAUACCCUACGUUCCGCAGAAAGCUUCACGACUACUUCGAGCUUACCCACCGAUUCACUUCAUGGCUUAUUCUGGCUCUCUUCGUUGUCCUGCUCAUGCUCUUCGUCCAUGAAGUCAGUAGAGCAGAACAGGAAACCUUUGGCCAUUUCCUGAUCACACUUCCUGCAUUUUGGCUGUUAAUCGCCGCUAUCGUCGCGGUUGCCCACCCAUGGCUCCUGCUACGGAAGAUCCCUGUGCAGACUGAUCCCCUCUCCUCCCACGCCGUCCGACUACACUUUUCUCAUACGAAAAUUGCCUUCGCUAAAGGGAUUCAGGUUACGAAGCACCCUCUUCGUGACUGGCACAGCUUUGCGGGCUUCCCAGACCCGACUCCAUCCGAAGAGUCUGCGUCUCCAAAGCUUCCACCUGGGAGGAGAAACAGAAAGAGGUACGGAGAGGAUAAUAAGGAGAGCUUCUCAAUUGUCGUGUCCAAAGCAGGAGACUGGACAGCCGACACCAUCCGCAACCCACCGACACAUCUCUGGAAGCGCGCAGUACUGAUGCGCGGUGUUGGCUAUGGACUACGCCUCUUCAACCGCAUUAUCAUUGUCACCACAGGGUCCGGCAUAGGUCCCUGUCUAGGAUUCCUCGGCGACGAAAACCGACCAUUAAUCAAAGUUAUUUGGCAGACCCGGUCACCGCUUACGACAUACGGUCAGGAAGUUCUUGAUCUCGUUCAUCGCAUGGGCCCUGAUCCGAUCAUUAUGGACACUACCAAUGACGGCCGUGUCGAUAUGCUUCCUGUUGUGCGACAACAGUUCAAGGAAUUUGAGGCGGAGGCUGUGUUUGUGAUCAGUAACCCCACCAUGACGCAAAAGGUUAUUUACGAGUUCGAGUCACAAGGGAUUCCGGCCUACGGGCCUAUUUUUGAUUCUUGA